ACAGACGGAGUUCACUCCGUCACGGAGGGGUAGGGUGUAGGGCGUGGUUUGGAAUUGGGCCGAAGAAGAAGAAGAAGAAGAAGUAGUGAAGCAGCUGGUGCUGGUGCUGGGCGGAGCACUGAUGAGGAAGAGGAACCGAAACAAGAUAACCAGAAUAACAAUGUUAUAUUUGUAGAAAUUGGUUUUAUCUUCCUCACUUUGAGUCCCUAAGUGCCUGAGCUCAAGAGUGUUUGCAUGAAGCCUUUGGGUACGACUGGUACUUUCUAAGACUGAGGACCACCAUGGAGGAGACGAGUCGGGAGGCGGUUGCCACGGCGGUGCAGCGCGUGGCUGGGAUGCUGCAGCGCUCGGACCAGCUGGACAAAGUGGAGCAGUACAGGAGGAGAGAGGCUCGCAAGAAGGCCUCCGUGGAAGCUAGGCUGAAGGCAGCCAUCCAGUCGCAGCUGGACGGGGUUCGCACCGGACUGACCCAGCUGCACAGCGCUCUGCUGGACGUCAAAGACAUCCAGGGCUCCCUGGCUGACGUGAGCAAAGACUGGAGGCAGAGCAUCAACACCAUCGAGAACCUGAAGGACGUCAAGGAUGCCGUAGUUCAACACAGUCAGCUGGCCUCGGCUGUGGAAAACCUCAAAAACAUUUUCUCUGUCCCAGAGAUCGUGGCGGACACGCAGCAGCUGAUCGAGCAGGGCGAGCUGCUGCAGGCACACAGGAAGCUGAUGGAGCUGGAGUGCUCCCGGGACGACCUCAUGUACGAGCAGUACCGCAUGGACAGCAAGAACACCAGUGACAUGAACCUCAUCUCCAUCUACUUUGAAGAUGUUCAGGGUCUGUCCGAUGAGCUGGCCAAGCAGCUGUGGAUGGUUCUGCAGAGGUCCAUGGUGACGGUCCGCCGGGACCCUACCAUGCUGGUGUCGGUGGUCCGUAUCAUCGAGCGGGAGGUGAAGAUCGAUCGGCGUAUGGUGGACCGGAAGAAGCAGAGCGGCUUCAUCCCUCCUGGGAGACCCAAACGCUGGAAGGACAAGAUGUUCGAGGUGUUGGAGGGGACGGUCAGCACCCGCAUUGAGGGCACCCAGUCAGUGACCAGAGAGGCUGAUAAGAUGUGGCUGGUUCGUCUUUUAGAAAUAACCAGGAAAUAUGUUCUGGAUGACCUGAUCGUUGUGAAGAACCUGAUGGUGCAGUGUUUCCCCCAGCACUACGACACCUUCAACAGGUUUUUCGGUCUCUACCACAAUGCUGUGUCCUCUCGCGUCAAAGAGCUGGCCGCUGAGGACCUGGAGGCCAAUGAGAUCGUGUCCAUGCUCACCUGGGUGCUCAACACCUAUAAGAGUGUGGAGAUGAUGGGCAACCCGGAGCUGGCUUCAGAGUGUGACAUCAACGCUCUGGAAGCUCUGCUGCCUCAGGACGUGGUGGACGACCUGCUCAGCAAAUAUGUCAAGACUUUUACAUCUAAUAUCACAGGCUGGCUGCGCAAGGCUCUGGAAACAGACAAGAAGGACUGGCAGAAAGAAACCGAGCCUGAGGCGGACCAGGAUGGGUACUACCAGACCACGCUGCCCGCCAUCGUCUUCCAGAUGUUUGAGCAGAACCUGCAGGUCGCUGCACAGAUCGAUGGGGAUUUCAAGGAACAGGUUCUGAAGCUCUGCCUGAAACAGAUGAACACUUUCCUUAUCAGGUACCGAGAGGAGGCGGUGACCUACAAAGAGGAGCACCUGAGGGACAGACAGCUGCCUCAGUGCUACGUACAGUACAUGAUCGCCAUCAUCAACAACUGCCAGACGUUCAAAGAGUCCAUCAACAGUCUGAAGAGGAAGUACUCUCAGAGUUCGGAGCCCACUGACAGUGACGCUGCCAUCGAGAGGACCCUCAGCGAGGUGGCCAAGGAGGGCUGCCAGUUCCUGCUGGACGAGGUCUUCCUGGAUCUGGAGCAUCACCUGUACGAGCUGAUGACCAGGAAGUGGCUGACGGGCUCUCACGCUGUGGACACCAUCUGCGUGACGGUGGAGGACUACUUCAAUGACUUCAACAAGAUCAAGAAACCCUUCAAUCAGGAGAUGACGAGCGAGGCCCUGCGCAGGGUGGUGGUGGAGUACAUCAAGGCGGUGAUGCAGAAGAGGAUCACCUUUAAGAACGCUGAUGAGAGGAGGGAGGGGGCAGACAGGAUGAUCAAGGAGGCCGACCAGUUCAAGUUCCUCUUCAGGAAACUGGCUGCUGGUGAAGACACUGACCGGCUGUGUGGAGCCAUCGCUGCCAUCGCUGAGGUCUUCAAGCUGACAGACCCCACCCUGCUGUUCCUGGAGGUCACCACGCUGGUGUCCAAGUACCCCGACAUCAGGGAGGAGCACAUCCAGGCGUUGCUGGCGGUGCGGGGCGACGCCAGCAGGGAGAUGCGGCAGAUGAUCAUCGGGACUCUGAGCGAGAACAAAGUCACUUACUCUGCUGUCACACAGCCCAUCUUCAAAGACAUCGCCGUGCCAACCAUCACCAACACCAUGACGUCCAUGACCUCCAUGGCAACCGCAAAGCUGCUCAAAUAAAGCCAGUCACCGUGACACUAUGUCCACCUUCAGAAUCCAUAACAUAAGCACAUUUCAUUUGAUUGUUUAAUUCUGUUUGCUGUGCUUUCUCUCCCCACCCUUAAUGUUUUUAUUGUCACCCUGAUCACUUCUGCUUCAGCAAAUAAUACAAUUGUAGUUGUAAUAAUGUGUUGGAUGAAAGAAAGAGAAUGAAUAAAGAAAGACAUCUUCAAGAUUA